AUGGCGGUGGAUCCAGGCUUGACCCACCCACUCAUGGCCUAUUAUAGCCAAACCUACAGAUACCCCAUAAUCGGAGUGUUCUCCGUACGAUCUGUGAUGGAGAACCCUCCACAUGAACCCACCAAAGUAGUUCCCUAUGAGGGACGACGCUUCCGCCUCAUCAUUGGCUCUUGCAAUGGAUUGCUGUGCUUGCACGAUGAAGAGCGCCAGGAUGGAUUCAUAAUAAGCCAUCGUGCCAUGCUGUGGAACCCCUGCACUGGAUUCACCUCUCAGCCGCUUGAAAUUGGAGGUCUCCUCUCCACUUGCGGAUUCGGUUAUGAUCAUGUGAAUGACAAGUAUAAGCUUUUCGCGAUUCUGGAUAAGAAAUCACGCAUGUUUACAUUCGGCCCAAAAUCUACCUGGAGAACAAUCCAGGAUUUCUCCCGUAAUUUUCGUGACGGCAAUUACAGGGGUUGUCAGGUGAAUCUUGUAGGGCUUUUUGUAAGUGGCACUGGCACUCUGAAUUGGCUUUUUCACCGCUAUCUUAGUUUUGUGUGGGUUCUUUCCCUUGACUUGGUCAAAGAGACUUAUAAUCAGUUUUCCCUUCCCAGCAGGGAUUCAGAUGAUGAUAACCGGGUGGCUCCCCAAUUGGGUAUCUUGAGGGAUUGUCUUGCUGUUUGUUAUGAGACUAAGAAAACUCAUUGGACUGUCUGGUUGAUGAAGGAGUAUGGAGUUCCUCAGUCUUGGACUAAAUUGGCCAUAAUCCCCCACCACCCGCUACUCGGUCGUCGUCCUUUAAGCCUACAGCCUAUAUACAUGUUGAAAGAUGUUCUUCUUGCUAUUGCUCCGAGUGGCAAGUUUGUUUUAUGUAAUUUAAAUGAUGGCAGCAUAGAUAUUCCUAAUAUUGACAGCUCCAGUGAUGGCAUGCCCAAACUUUGUCCUUUAACUCAGCACUCAUCUGGAAGGAUCUUUGAACUCUAUCAUGAAAGCUUAGUUUCACCGUUCCACUUUGGUCUUCCAAGUUGCUCAUCUGAAAUGCGGUUAAUUAAGCCAAGCCUAUAA